AACUGUAAACGGAUAGAAACAAACGGUGGGUGCUUAAGAUUCCCUCUCCAACCUUUUAUUUUCUUUUAUAUAAAAAAACAUCUUUCUCACCUUCUCUUUUAAAUUACUCACAACUUUCUUUAUCUCACUACACUUUCUGCAUAUUCAUAUUAUACUGAGAAAUCAUUUUCCGAUGGUUCAAUCCCUAGCUCUACCGGCCGGAAUCUCCUUCCCUAUUUCUCUUCACAACACUUCUACUUCCACCGCCGGUUUCAGAUCCGACCGAUGUCUCACAUUUCUCCGAAGGACUAAUCAGAGAGCAUCGGUAUAUGCCACCGCCGUUGCGGAGGCACCGCCGGUGUUGGAGAGGAGAACACCGGCGAGUCUCUACGAUGUGCUAAGGGUUAAAGAGAAUGCGUCAGCGAAAGAGAUAAAAUUAGCUUACAGGAAUUUAGCUAAGCUAUACCAUCCCGACGUCGCUGCAUCUCUGCCGGAGGAAUCUUCCGACGGAAGGCAUUUCAUUGAGAUCCACGAAGCUUAUGCUACGUUAUCAGAUCCUGUUUCUAGGGAUCUCUACGAUCUCAAGUUAAACUUGAGCUCCCGCCGACGAGGUUUUGGGAGCUCCGGAGAUGGAAUUCAUAUGAAUGGGUCAGAGUUUUACCCGACCCGAAGAUGGGAAACGGAUCAGUGUUGGUGAUGUCAGAUGAUUAAGGGACCCACAUUGCCGCGUAAACACUGUAUAUGGCAUUUUAUUAGUUGGAGAUUAGUGUAUAUAUUAUCUUUAUAGUAUUAUUUUUUUUUCCCAUUUAUGCUCCCUUUGAGGAGCCAAUGGGAUUGUUUUUUUGGAAAAAAAAAUAUGUCUUUUUUGAGGAUCUGAGUAAAUACAUAUUUGACAAUUUUAUCUCUUCUU